AUGAUAAAUGUAUUCAGAGAGCCCUGGCGGCGGCCUUCAGCGGAAGGGGGCCCGGUAUCCGGGCAGGAGGAGCGGAAAGCCGCCCAGGUGUCUGGAGAGGUGAGCACUCAGGUGCGGAGGCCCAGGGCCCGGGCGGCCGCCGCGUGCUCGCCCCUGCGCCGCCCUUGCGCCCGCGCCAUGGACGCCGAGCCUGAGCCCGCUCCUGCGCCCCCGGGCCCCGCGCUGCCCUCGCUGCUGUGCGUCCCGCAGCCCGAGGUGCUGGAGGACAUUCUGCGGGAGCAGUUCGGGCCGCUGCACCAGCUGGCGGCCAUCUGUCGCCUCAAGCGGCUGCCCUCGGGCGGCUACUCGACCACCGACGGCCUGCAGUUGGUGCUGGAGCGACGGCGCGCCGCCAACGCCAAGGAGCGCGAGCGGAUAAAAAACCUGAAUCAUGGUUUUGCCAAACUGAAGGCCCUUGUACCCUUCCUUCCACAAAGCAGGAAGCCCAGCAAAGUCGAUAUCCUUAAAGGAGCCACGGAGUACAUACAGGUUCUCAGUGAUGUUUUGGAAGACGCCAAAGAUUCCGAGAAACAAGUCCCAGGUGAUCCAAACUAUGGCAGCAAUCCUGAACCACAUAGCUCCUUGGUCAGAGAGCUGUCGGGACACAUCUCCCAACACACCGACUGUGACAUAAGCUUGAAGGAAGAGGAGAGGCCCUGGGCAGAUGCGGACAGUGGUGACUCAGCAUACCCUGGCCACCAGAGCAUGAUGUCAGCGACUGGAAUGACAGUCUCCCCCUUCAGGAAUCUGAUCAUGAAGGUCGAGGAGAUCGCAGCCAACAAGUGCCGCCGACCUGCAGUCAAGCAGUUCCAUGACUCCAAGAUCAAGUUCCCACUGCCCCACCGGGUCCUGCGUCGCCAGCACGAGCCACGGUUCACCACCAAGCGGCCCAACACCUUCUUCUAG